UUCAUUCAAAAACAAAACCUCAUUCGCUAAAACUGAACAAUUUAUGAAUUACAAUAUGGUUUUCAGAUAUUGUUCUUGUCGGGAUCGGCCCUAACAGAACAUGGUAUUGUAUUUAUUGAGGGUCUUUUCAGGAUGGCUGCCCGGACGCUGCAAAAGCUGGUCUCUAUCGCCGCCUCUCUGCACCCAGACCGGCCAGCUGUGAAGUAUGACAGCGGCUCGGUGUCCGUGCUGCUGUACAGAGACCUGCUGGAUCUCUCCUGUGAACUGUCUCAUGUUCUACAAAAGAACUGCUCUCCCAAUACCGGAGUGAUUGGGCUGUAUUGUUGUGAUGAUUUGUUUAUUCCUGUCUGGAUUCUGGGGAUCCUGCAGACUCCUGCUGCCUAUGUCCCACUGGACCCGGAGGCUCCAGGGUUUCUCUCUGCCAGAGUCAUGACCCAGUGUGGCCUCAAGUACUGUGCUGUGAAGACAGACAUGCUGCAGGACUUCCAGGCCGCUCUCGCCAAACACAUAUCUGUGGAGGUGUGUGCGGAGUUGCAAAAGUUCAAACUAACCCUGACACAAAUCAAGCUGCUUCCCGUCGCUGAGCACCACCCGGGACCAAAACACACCGGAGCUCAGACAGCGGACGGGCCUGAUCUCUGUGCUGCUGCAGGGUUAAAGGAGGCUGCCCACCGAGACCUGGCGUAUGUCCUACACACAUCUGGAACAACUGGCCUGCCAAAGAUUGUGAGGGUGCCACACAAGUGUAUAAUCCCCAAUAUACUGCAUCUGAAAUCUUUGUUCCAGAUGAGUGCAGAUGAUGUGGUUCUCCUCGCCUCGCCUCUAACCUUUGACCCCUCUGUGGUGGAUAUUUUCCUAGCCUUAUCCUCCGGGGCUCAGCUCCUCAUUAUCCCGUCUGUGAUUAAGAAAAUGCCCAGUCGACUUGCUCGGCUACUGUUCAAGGAUCACAAGACGACUGUCCUUCAGGUCACACCAACGCUGCUCGGCCGCUUUGGGCACCAUGUCCUCAAACAUGAAGUCUUCUCAUCCGGUUCCUCUCUGCGGGUGUUGGCUCUGGGUGGAGAGGCCUGCCCCUCUCCUGCUCUGCUGAGGAACUGGAGACACGAGGACAACAAAACACACAUCUACAAUAUCUACGGCAUUACAGAGGUGUCCUGCUGGGCCAGCUGUUACAAAAUACCAGAGUCUCUACUGCAGUCUGGCAACCCCGUGCUGCCAUUUGUGCCUCUUGGGACUCCUCUGAUGGACACAGUGUUGGAAGUAAGAGACGAACAUGGCCGCAUUGUUACCGAGGGUGAAGGACAGGUGUUCAUAGGUGGAGAGGACAGGGUGUGUCUCCUUGACGAUGAGCAGACAGUUGUCUCCGGGACGAUGAGAGCCACAGGAGACUGGGUGAAUGUUGAGGACACACAGCUGUACUACCUGGGACGCAGAGACAGGAUGAUUAAACGCCACGGCAAGCGGGUGAACUUGGACAGCUUGCAACAACUCAUAUUGGGUCUGCCUCAGGUGGAGGCCUGCGCUGUGGCUCUGUUUGAAGCCACCCGACUGCUCGCCUUUGUCGUGCCAUCCACACCUGGAGACCAGAAAGAAGCUUCUCCGCUGACAUCUGCACAGAAGCAUCCAGAACAAACACCCUCUGCCGAGCUUAAGGAAGACCCCCCCUCUGCUGUGAGUCACCACCAGGGGGAGACAGGCGGUGCAGAUGGAGAUCUUCACAGACUGAUCCUGAACCAGCUGUCUCUGCUGCUGCCCUCUCACAGCGUCCCCGACACGCUGGUGCAGGUGCCGGCCCUGUGCCUGACCCCUCAUGGAAAAGUGGACAUGGAGGCCCUUGUGAAAAUAUACCAAAGACAGAGACGGUGUUUACAGUCUUCACGGGGAGAUGUCACCAAACUCAGGCAAAGCUUGCAGUCCUUGUGGCAGGAAACUCUAGGUCUUCCUGAAGAACCGACUAUCGACGAGAAAUCAAACUUCCUGUUGAGUGGAGGAGAUUCUCUGAAGGCGCUGCGCCUCUGUGAAGACAUCCUCACUGCUUUCAGAGUGACCUCCCCGGAGCUUUUGGAGGUGAUUCUUGACGGGACAUUCUCUGACGUACUGCGCCAUGUUGAGAGGAUAACACUGCUGCCGCCACUUGAGGAGAGCCAGUCACCGACAUCUGAGGCCAAGAAACGACGUACUGAAGCCCCCUCUAUGGUGGAAGCAAAGAGAGAGCGCACGGAGUCUACAGCAGCAGAGAGACCGCAGGGGGGGACAUGGGCUUUUAAAGUUAUACGACGAGCAGGAGAGGUUAUAGAAAUCAGAAAACCAGUAGCAAUUAAAAACGUCCAGACUGAAGCACUUGGAGAAAAGGAUUUGAGUGAGAGAGGAAGCGAGGAUUUUCUGAGCCUCAGUCUGAGCUGGUCCUCAGACACAGGCAGAUGUGUGGACGCCUCCCCGGUGCUUCUAGUACAACAGAAAACAGAUUCAGGAUCAGAGGAGGUUAGAACAACAGUGUUCAUCGGCUCCCACUCUCACAGGAUCCAGGCUUUAGACCUGACCACCGGGAGCCUCCUGUGGGAGCGGGUCCUCGGGGACAGAAUCGAAGCCUCAGCUGCCGUGUCUCACUGCGGGAGCCUCCUGGUGAUAGGUUGCUACGAUGGCUUUGUGUAUUUCCUGUGCACUGCAUCUGGACAGACACGGUGGACGUUUAAGACUGGAGACGCUGUGAAGAGCUGUGCUGCUGUGGACCCCCUCACAGGGCUGGUUAUCGUGGGCUCACAUGAUGGCCACGUCUACGCCCUGGACCCAAAGGUUCAGCAGUGUGUUUGGAGGCGUCACUGCAGGGGAGGGGCUGUGUUUUCAUCCCCCUGCCUCCACUCGUCACUCAGACAGCUGUAUGUGGCUUCACUGGGAGGUCAUCUCCUCUGUCUUGACCCUGACAGUGGACAGGUCCUGUGGUCGUACUGUAGAGACAUCCCUUUCUUCUCAUCACCAAACGCCUCCUCUGGUCACGUGCUGAUCGGCUCCGUGGAUGGAAACAUCUGCUGCGUCAGCAACACAGGGACACUGGUUUGGCAGUUUCUAACAAAAGGACCCAUCUUCUCCUCUCCGUGCGUUACACCGGACCAUCAGAGGGUUCUGUGUGGAUCACAUGACGGUUGCCUGUACUGCCUGAACGCCGCAGACGGCUCUUUGAUUUGGACUUUCCAGACCACAGGGAAGGUGUACUCCAGUCCGUGUGUGUUCGAUGGCUCUGUGGGGGGCCGCAGGGGGAUUCUGGUGGCUCUGGCCUCCACAGACGGCACAGUGUGGAUCCUGGAUGGAGAAGACGGAGGAAAGCUGGCCUCGUUCACUCUUCCCGGGGAGCUGUUUUCAUCCCCGGUGCUGCAUGAACACUCCCUCGUAGUCGGGUGCCGCAAUGACUAUGUGUACUGUUUAAAGCUGACUGUCAAAGAAGACACAGAUUCAUUUCUGCACACUUUUUUAUAAUAAACACUGAUGAUUU